UAAAACCAGUUGAUUAGAGAACUUUGUAUCGUGAGUGUAUAUAUUAAAUAAAACGGAAAUUUAAAGAAAAUUAAUACAAAAUAAGAAAAUUCUAAGGAAAAUUAAAAUAAUUAUUUUUAGGUUUAAAAAUAUAACAAAAUGCUUAAAGUUUAAUUAAAUUUUUCGCUUCAGAAGUGAUAAGAAACUAUGCUAAAUUAGAAACAAAAGAAACCAUUACGUGGUGACUUGUUAAAAUCGUUAGUACAAUAAUUAAUUCAUUGACAAAGAACAAAGUGAUAAUUUAUUUUUAUAAAAAAAAAUUGUGAAAUUAAGUUAACGCCUAUAAAAAAGUACAUAAAUUAAAAAAAGUGUUACAGCAAAAAAGUUUUUCGUUUUAAAACUGGAGAAGUGGAAAAGAACACGCUCCUCAACCAAACGUAUGGAUCAUCCAAAUAAAGGAGGAGGGGGCGGAGGUGGUACAGGUGGCACAUCAACACCUGACAAACCUUCGAUUUUAGAAGGAGUUCUACACAAUUUGUUCGAUGGCUUAACGGAUAAAGAUGAAACAGUACGCAUGGCCAUACAAUCAGCCAUGGUUAAAAUAUUUGAAACGCAUCCAGUAAGAGCUACAGAUAUUCUAAUAGAGUACAAAGAAAAACAUCCCAAAAUGACGGAACAAACUACAACUAUUAUUUUAAAAGCCAUUGAGAAAGUCGUCGCAUCUGAAGUUUCAGUGCCCUCGGAGGCGCAUAAAAAACUUAUUACAUUGGCUUUAGAAGAACUGACACGCUCCUCAGAACAUGUUCCAAAUAUACAAAAUCAUGCUCUAUCAAUUUUGGUUGCUAUAGGUCGCGGGGAUGAUUGUAAGAUGGUUAUGGAAGCCUUAAUGGGCCAUACGAAAGAAGGUGCGGUAGCACAUUUUAUGGUGAUGCAGUGUUUGGGUACCUUAGCCUCAACAAAUAUAUCCGGCGUAGUGCCCUUCAUUAAACCCAUAUUGUCUUCGACACUACCCAGUAUGAAUGGUAUUAAACCGGAUCAUAUAAAGCAGGCACAUGCGUAUGCUAUUGGCCGCUUCAGUGAAGCCUUAUUGGAACAUUCAUCGGCUAAUGCUGCUUUAGCCUCUCCUACGAAAGAUGAAAAUAAUGAAGUUAUAUCACCGACUGCCGCAGAAGUAGAAGCGUUAUUAAAUUGUUCUACCGAAAUUUCGGUAGCUUACGAUGUUCUUUUCAAUCAAUGGUUGCAGUCCCGGGAACCAAAAGUUUGUGUGGAAAUUUUGCAAGCACUCUCUUCAAUGUUUCCUUUAUUGCCUGCCGAUAAAAUACAAGAUCGUACUCCCCGUCUAAUACCACAAAUACUGGGAUUAUACCGUCGAUCGAUAGAAAGAAAUUCGGUAACACAAUUUUUGUCGGCAGUCUUGAAAACCAAUAUCUCCCUGCAGCCCUCAGUAUUGGAUUUAGUGGCUGAACAGUUGAUAUCAAAUCUUUUCGAUUUGGUUUGCGUCUAUCCGGACUAUGAAAAGCCACAGACCGUAAAAGGCCACUACGAAGUCUUAAGAUGUUUUCAUUUACUUUCCGGUGUAUAUGCCACCAAAAUAAUGGAUAUGUUGCUAAUGCAUUUAAGGAACAACAGCGAAAGAGAACGUAUUAAAAGUUUAUUGAUAUUGACUCAUCUGCUCAAUACGUCUACGGUGAAUAUUGAAAAUAAACUACAAUCGUUUAUGGAAUGUUUAAAGCAGAUGAUUACAAGCGAGAAGAGUAUUAAAAUGAAAAUGACUCUAUUGAAGUGUAUAGUGGCUUUGGCUCAAAAGUCCUUGAUCAAGGAGAAGGAAUUCGUGUGGUUUAUAGUGCGCUAUAGUUGUAAAUUUACCAAAGUCAAUCAGGAAUAUGGCUCCUUAGAGGAACAUGCCAAUUUCGUGCUUUCAUGUGAGAAUUCCUUAUUUAUGUUGGCUUCCACCGUGGGCACCAUGGAUGAAUUAUUAAAAAGAGAACUGUUAAAUUAUUUUGUUUUGUUGGACUACUCAGACAUAUGCUCCAAUUUGGCCAAAUGCUUGGCUAGUCUAUUUGCUAAAUCACCAAAUAUAGAGUUUGAAGUGGCGCCUGAAGAAGAUGAAGCUGAUAAAAAGGAAGGCGCUGUAGGUACCGAGGAGAAUGUAGUCAAAUCUCCGGCUCCAAACUUUGCUAAAAGUGGUAAAAUUGUAGUGCCAUCAUCAGAGACAAUAUUCGCCAGAUGUUUAGCUUUGUUGGGCAAUUAUCAUUGCAUUAAAAGGGCCACCAACAUUCUAUCGUUCCUCAAAUAUUACUAUCCCCAUUUGAAUCCAGAGCUAGCCAAACUGUGGGAAAGGAGUAUUUCAGAUUUACUGUUGAACAUCAAUAAGGAAAGUUUGUACUUUAAUAAAUUGACAUUGUUUAUUACGGAAACCAAUGAAUUGCUAAGUAAGCACGAUGAACAUUUUGCCGAAAGAUUGGCAAAUAAGAUGUCUGAACAAAUGAUUGUUUAUCCUAUGGUAUUGCCGCAUAAUGAAUUUGUCAUACCCACACUGAACACCGAGAGAGGAAUGUUGAUCAAGGCCAUUGCUUUGACUUUAUGUCAUGUCAACGAUAACCAAAUUGUCAGUGCUAAAAUCGAUUUGAUCAUUAACUCGGCUCGACAAGAAAAGCUAGACAAACAUACGAAGCAUGCGGAAUAUGAAGACAAAAUUGUACCUUGUGCUUUGGCCAUUGGCUACAUUUCACGUAAACAUCUUACAAUAUUAGUAAAAAAACUGGCCGAGUUGGCUCACAUUGGUGGCAGAAAACAUUCAACGGGAUUUUUUUCCAAUCUACAUUUUAUUAAAGACACUCACAAGGAAUUGGAGAACUUCAAGACCAAUCUAUUGGUAAUAAAGGCAUUUGGUCAUAUAAUGGAUGAAGCCGAUCCCCUGCAAUCCCUAGCCAAUUUAGAUGAUACUAUUUUGAAUUUUCUGAUAUUGCAACUCACCAACACCAAAGAUCAGUGUGUUAUGUCGGCCAUAUUGAAAACUCUGCUGAGUAUUUGCAAUCAAAUGAUAAAUACAAAGGAGAAAAUGCCAUCUCCUUUGAAGUAUCGUAAACAAAUAAUGGAAGCUGUUUUCAGCAUACCCAUAGAACAGCCCUUUGAUGACUUGCCACUGCUGCCCACCAUUUUGAAAUUAGGCACCGACUUCAUACGCAUAGGCGGCGAGGAAGCCACCGAAUCUGUUGAUGGUGGCGUCAUAUUCGAAAUAGCCUGUAAAAAUUUUUUUUCCUGUGCUCAAAACUUGAAAAUGAAAUUCGAAUCACAGGAGGAAGACGAACGUAAUAGUUUCCUAGCCAAAUAUCUAAAUGAAUCGCUGCCAGAACUCAAUCAGCUGGUUAAAGUCAUUAUUGAACAGGAUCCUUCACCCUCUACGCUAGAUUUGAUAAUUUCAAUACUCGAGACCUGGAUAAGAGAUAAAAACUCGGAGGUGCGCAUCUGUGCCAGUCAUGUCUACAACAAUACUUUGGACGUCUACAUCAAGUCAAUGAAGAUUGGCUGUGAGGCACCGUCGAAAUUCAAUCAGACCGGUCAAAUGUUGGGUAAAAUUGUUCCUCGUUGCAUCGACUCGAAUGGCACUGUGCGUCAAGUAUCUGUAGAUAUUUUGCAGAAAACCCUUGAAAUUGCUUGCAUUUAUGAAACCCUAACCAUUGCGGAUAGUUCGACGGACUGGAUUAAGGAAAUCGAAGUGGUUAAAGAUGAAAUUAUUACCGAUGAUCCGAAACAAAUUUAUAAUCUUGCUGGCGAGAUUGCCAAAAUUAUUGCUUUACGUAUUUCCAACUUUCAGUAUUUGCAAUUUUGUAAAACUUUGUUACACAGUUUGAAAGAUCCUGAACAGAGUUCAGCUAUUGGCGCUUCGGUGGUUUUGAAAUUUUUCAUUCAACAAAAGGGUUCCGAGUUGUUCCAUGCAAUACCAGACUUUAUUAAGGAUAGUUUAGCGGCUAUUCAUGGUUGUGAUGUAAACCGUGCAAAAUCUGGCGUACUUAAAGCUCUGGUAGCUUUGACCAAACAUCAUCCCAAGUUGGUAUCAUGUGAAAUGCUAGGUCAGCAAUUACCCUUCGAAGAAAAUAUUGUGGAAUAUUGGCAUUUAAUAUGCACUGAUGGUGAAUUAACUGGUAUUUUACUCGAACACUUCCUACAAAUACUCUCCUCCUCAUGUUUAUUUGAACCAAAUGAACCGUGUGUGGAUAGACAAAAAAUUGCCAGUGUCCAACCAUUUGCUAUAUUUUGUGCUUUACAUAAGAUGAUGCCAUGUAAAGAUGUAAAAGAGCAACUGAAAUUAAAGUUUCCGGAAUUAUUUACCAUGCUAUUAACCUCUUUGGCUUCGUAUACGAAUUUAGCAGCUCCCAUGAACACGGGCAUUCGAAGCAAUUCACCCACUUUAGGCACCACGUCAGUUAGCAAAACGAAAUUUGGUUUUGUACCCAAUAAGGAAUCAGUAAAAUUGAACCCUUGUCAAAUUAUUUUGGAAACAUUCCAACAGUUCUUGGACAGUUUGGAAAUGGAACAAAUUUCUACUGUACUCACAGUACACACUCAUUUAGCCUCUAGCACAGAUCUCAAACAUUUCAUUGAAUUACUAACGCCCAUGGCAAUAGGUCUAUCGAAUCAAAUCGAUAUCAAUUCGCAUCAAAUGAAACAUGUUGUUAACACAUUAAGUAAAUAUGUAGCUUCUCCCUACGAUGGCCAACGAGUAGCAGCUGUGGGAUUAUUUUCACGUUUGGUACCGCUUAAGCCAUGUGGCGAGGUGUCUUCGAUUAUAAUGAAUCAUUUGACAUCGGCUUUAAGUGACCCGAAUGCCGUGGUACGAGGUUUAAGUAUUCAAGGUAUGGGUUAUGUGGGUCAAUUGACAGAAGAGGACAUUGAGAAAUAUGAUGAGACUGCUAUAACAGCAUUACUUAAGGGUAUUGAUGAUACCGUAAGCGAAUGCUUGAUAAACAUACCCCUGGAAAGUAUGCGUGGUUUAGCCCGUAUUUUGCAAAAUUUGCCCAGUGAUCGUGUUGAAUCUUUUCACGUUUCUUUGGCCAUACGCAUACGUCCAUUCUUUGGCAGUUAUUCGUUGGAGAUACGAGAAGCAGCCAUUAUACUCUUUGGUGAUUUAUGUCAAUCGAAAAUGUCUCUUAAUGAUGGCACCGUCUCACCCAAUUCUUCCAAUGAAGCUUUGCGUGAACAAUUAAUAGCCAAUCUCUUUCCUCUGCUCUUACAUUUAAGUGAAGGGGAAGCCACUAUCAUAAGGGCUUGCAAAGGUACUUUGCGUAAAGUUUGCAGUUUAUUAUACUCAAUUAAAAUCAAUGACAUGGCUCAGCGUCAUUUAUUGGAUCAUGGUCAAUUGAAUUAUAACAAUUUCAUAGUGGAUUUUGUUAAAGUUAUUGCCAUGGAAUUAACCGAUCACAUUCAAGAUUUUAUAGAUUCUUGCAUACCUAAAUUACGUAGCCAAUGGCCAGAGGUUAGAGGAAGUGCUGCUAUAGUUAUUGGCAUUCUACACAACUUCUUAACAGAACGUAAUACGCAAACCGAAGCUGUGGGCAAUAAAAUUGCUGUACUGCUAAAAGAUGAGAAUCAUUUUGUGCGUGUGAAAGCUGCUACAGCUUUGGGUUAUUUCUUUGGAGAUAUUUAAGUGGAUGGAAGCUUAAUUUGUUAUUUAAUGGACUUGAAAUAUGCCAAAAUUGAAUGAAUAUAGACUAGAAUUGUAGAAUGAUAUGGUUAUAAAUGUGAUGUUCUCUAUUUUUCCCCAUUACAUUUUGUAUGUUAUCUAUUGUAUUUUAUGUUAAGCACUUAAUUAGAAAACUAUAUAUUUAAAUAUUAUUAUAAUUCUUACUUAAAAACAUAAAAAAAUGUAAUUUGUGAUUUUCAAUUAAUUGAAACCGAAAGAAAAAACUCCUUAUUAACACACCACAAUGUGCCCCCUUCCUUCCUGUUUAUGCUAAAAACCAACUAAAUUAUCAUUGCUUAAAUAUCAAAUAUUUAUAAAACCUAAAAAAAAAAUGUUAUAAUUGUUUCAAAUAAAUAAAAAAAAAACACAUAUUUGUUAUAAAUACAAAAA